AUGGCAACGGGGCCCGCCUCCCAACCCAUAGUCGAGCCGACCGUUCGGCGCGGCCUCAUCCUAACCGCAGGCAGGAUCGAGGUGGAGGUGUUCGAGGACCAGUUAAACGCGAUUGAGGAGGCGCCGAAGGCUGAGCUCGACGAGAGGAUGGUCACCGCGGGCGUCGCGUACGUUUCUUGUCGAGCAUUGUCGUAUGAAUACGAAGAGGAGGAGGGUAUCGAGGAGGAUACAUCGACGCAAGCUCAGCACGCGGUGAGCGGCCAGGGCGGCGAUGCGAAUAGGCAGGAGGACUCGAGCUCGGAAUCGACGUCCGGCUCGAGCUCGAGCGAUGAGUCUGUCGAGCACGAUGGCGGGACGCAGCAUACGGUGGAGCACGGAGUGGCGCUCGGGGAGCGGGUUGCUGUUGAGGAGCAGGAGGGCGAAACGGCUGUGCAGGCUGUCGAGGAGCAGGAGGGCGAAGCUGCUGUGCAGGAGCAUGGGGCAGGAGUGCAGCACCAGGAGGAGGGCGGGGAGGCUGCGCAGGAGGGUGCGAUAGGAGGGCAGCAGCAGGAGGGCGGGAAGGCUGCGCAGCAGGGUGCGACAGGAGGGCAGCAGCAGGAGGGCGUGACGGCUGCGCAGCAGGGGCAGCAGCAGGAGGGCGUGACGGCUGCGCAGGAGGGUGGGGCAGGAGGGCAGGAGCAAGAGGGCGGGGAGGCUAUGCAUGAGUGUCUCCGAGGAGAUGAGCGACAGGUCGGAGUUACAAGGAGACACCGCACGGCCAGUGGCAGCGGACAAGCGGGCCCAUCGAGGGGGCGCCCGUCGACGGUGGGCCAUUCGACGUCGGACAUUGCAUCCGGAGGCCAGGUUGUCGAGCUACUACAGAGGGUCGCGGAGGUGGAGGCGUCGCAGAAGCAGCUCGUCGCCGACGUAUUUGCGAAGCAUAGCGAGCAAGCCGUAGUUUUCAACAGGCUUGCUGCGGAUUUUCGGACGGCCUGGGGAACGAUUUCGGAGUCGUCGAAGAGCACGCUGAAGCAGUGCGCCGACGCUGUAAACGGCGUCACGGAGGAGAGGAAGCUGUUGGAAGGGGUGCGGACGAAGCUCGACGAAAUGAGCGGAAAGAUCAUCGAGGGUGUGGCCGCCGCCAUCGUAAAAGUGAGCGAGGACGCCGUCAAGAAGCAGCUCAAGCUGGUCGAGGAGCGGCUGGCUGCUUCGGUCAUGAAGGGUAUCGAGAAUGCCGUCAAGGACUUGUUCUACUCCAACCUCCCACCCGAGACCAUGAAGCAGCUGAAGGACAUUGUGAGAGAAGGCCACCUGGAAGGUGAAGCGGGGAGAUUGGAAGUCCUCACCGAAGCGGUGGCGAGGGGGUUACAGCGCUCGACGGGCCCGUCGACGAGAUCGCGUCAGGAGGGUGUGGCAGGGGUUCGCAGCGGGACCGAGCCUCGACUUCACACGGGCGUGGUUCCUCCUUCUUCUUCGGUGGGAGGACAUGUCGGCAGCCGGGUAGCAUCACCACCGUCGCGUGGCCGUCAUCCCGUCGCCAAGUCCGUGGAGGAUAACGAGGUCAUAGUACUCGACCAGUCACCCCUCCCGAAGAGCUCCGAAGCAGCUGCGAUGCCUCCAACUGAUGCAUUUGCUCCGAUGCGCGACAUUCUGCAGGGUUUGGGGAUUACGGGUGGGAAAGGAGUGGUUGCGGGGGAGAAAAGUGGUGCCGCAAUCGAUUCCGUCGCCGCAGACGGGAAAAAAGCCUUGGGAAAGCGAGGUGUCCCCACCCCGUCCGGAGGCGCUGCGGGCCAAGGGGCGGGAGAGACGUCAGCUGGGUUGUUGUCGAAGACAAAAGCAGCAUCCGCUGCGCAGAGCGGUGGUGCUGGCCGUCCUGUCGAGUUGGUAGGAUAUUGGGCGUCUUCCUCUACCCCUGCAGUUGCUCCUGUCGCUGCUCCGGCCCUGGGCGACGUCUGCCUUAGCGAUCCGGGUUCCCCUUCGACGUCGAAGAAGAAGCCGGCUGCGACGAAGUCGUCGAAGCGCUCUGCACAGGCUACAGAGAGCUUUGACGUCGUGGAGCUGGCCAGCCUCUCUGGCCAGGCUCCUGUCGUGAAGACGUCUACCGUCGUUGCUGCUCGACAGGAGAAGGCGAAAAAGGCCAAGGUCAUGGGUUACACCCCACCUCCUCGACCGGACGACCAAGGCAAGACGAGAGGCAGCAAAGCUCCCUUCAGAGGACCGGGUUUCGGGUUGCGGAAGGGGAAGCCGGUUUCCGAGCAGACCAUCGGCGGGAGGAAGCGGUUCCUUGGCACUUUUGAAACAGAGAAGGACCAGAAGUUCUGUACGGCCGUCUGCUGGCGCGUGUACUUCCCCGACAUUGUCCUUACGGAGUACGAAGGGUACACGGCGCAGGAUGAGAAGGACUGGAAGGUCUACCUCGAUGCGGCCGCAGAAAUGCCAACCGGCGUUUGGAGCGUGGCGCAAGAACAAGGGGAAUGUCGUUUCGACGAGUGA